GCAUUAUUUAUUCUCACGCAUAAUUCUCUUCACUAUACUUCUCGAAUUGCUACACCUAUUAUGUUCUUAUUGUCUUCCUAUUCAACUUGUGGAUGAGUAUUUGGCAUUUUGUCGUGGAGUGAAUACAAUAAUAUUUUUUAUUUUAUUUUGCCAAAAUUUCUAUGUGACCUGAAUUGCAAAAAGUCACCGAUUAAACAUCUUAAGAAACUUUGUCAAGUGAUUGGUUUUUUUUGGGCAAUAGUUUGGAUUUCUCCAAACAAGUUUAAAGAGUUUUGUGUGGACAAAAUGUGAAGAACAAUAAAUGUUGUAAUAAGUGUGCAAAGUUCACAAUAUUAAGUGUAUUAAACAAAGUGUGAGAAAGUUUUAUUAAUAUUCCAUUUAAUUGGGGUAACUCGGGUAAUCUCAAGAGGAAAAUAAACUUUUGAACUUAAAUUUCGUUAUAAUUUACAAAAGAAAGUUGUAGGGGGUAAUUCUUCCUAAUUACAAAUUAAUAUUGAAUUAACAUAGAACCUCAAUAGGUAACAGUUUCUACGUAUUAGGGAAUAUUCCUGAAGGUGAUCCAGAGACAGAUAAAAUUGAUUCAUGAACUUCUCUACAUAUUCAUAAUAUGGUUUUCAGUAGUCUCCCCCACUUGAUAACCUUACUCGUCAUCAUCUUUCGCUGUGGUUUUAAUGAAUAACUUUGAUUUUUCAUUAUGUCACUCUUCAGUCUCUAUUAAACUCUCGGGUUGUGAACAAUCAAUUCGAGAUAAUAUUGUAAAUUGCAUAAUAAGCAUUUGUAUUAGGUGGUGAAGUUGUUAAUAUUCUCACCUUUUGUGGUCAUUUUAGAAUAGUUCUGCAUUGUAUUUACAAAAGACACAUUAAUUCUUAGAAUAUCAUUAUUAUUCACCACAGCAUAAAAUGACAUUCAACUAAACCCAAAGCUCAAUGAAGGAUAUAAACAAAAAUAGUGUAAUAAAAUUGAAAAUAAUUUAAAGGUCUUUCUGGUUAUCAUGUAAGGUUUCCGAUCUACAAUAAAACAUUUUGUAAUUUAUUUUUUAAAACGAUCUCACGCAGAUCUUUCGAUUUUAGUUUCUUUCCCAAUUUUUUUUUACACGCAAUAUCAUUUAGUUAAGAUUUAUGCGCUAUUUGAAAAAUAGAUUAACAGUAAUCACAUAGUAGAACAACUUGUAAUCCCUUCUAAGAAUUAAGUUUUUGUUGAAAUAGGAACAAGGACUUUGCCAGGUGAUUUUUUUUUGAGAAUUAUAGAAUUUAAAGACAACAUCUGUGUGCAACUUAGAACUUUUGCAUCUUUUGAAUGUUCUAAGAAUAGUGUGGUUUACCUUGAGAGGUGAAUCUUCUCGGAAUAUUGUAACUGAAAAAGGUGUACACAAUCUUGAUAUGGAAGAGUGCAAAGUGAGUAAAUUUCGGAUGUACUUACCACAGAUUCUGGCAACAACAGCCAAGAAUCUUCUUGUGAUUGACAUUGGAUUAGCAGCAACAUUUCCCACCAUCGCCAUACCGCCACUCCUUGGGACUAUCGACACUCAUCAAGAUGAGGUGUUUCAAUUUACAGCGGAAGAGGCAUCAUGGUUUGGAUCUCUUGCCUUUAUUUGCACCCCAAUUGGGAGUCUUCUGUCUGGAUGGGUGACUGAACCAAUUGGCAGAAAAAAUGCCAUGAUCAUUGUCAAUAUACCCCACAUAGCUGCCUGGUUAAUUCUCUAUUUUGCCACAUCUGUUGCUGAAAUGUAUUUGGCGGCAAUUCUCCUGGGUCUGGGGACCGGCUUCAUGGAUGCCCCCAUAAUAACCUACGUUGGAGAAAUUUGCCAACCUUCGAUAAGGGGAAUUUUGAUAUCUUGUGCUGGGGUAGCAGCAACUCUGGGCUUUUUCAUAGGAUACCUUCUUGGAACUAUAGUCCCUUGGAGACAAGCUGCCCUUGUUUGCUUAACAGUACCACUUCUCACGGUCAUAGCUAUUUGUUUUGUUCCCGAAACUCCUCUCUGGUUACUCUCUCGGGGUCGUGAGAAGCAAGCUCGAAAGUCCUUGCAGUGGCUCCGAGGCUGGGUGAAACCAGAAGCUGUUGAGCAGGAAUUCCUCGAACUUCAGCGCUACACCAUCAAUAGCAAUCGAUGCAAUCCUUGCCAAAAGAGCGAUCAAACGUGCACCCACCCACCACCGACUCUCAUCGAGAAGAUGAAGGAAUUGAUUAGGAAGAGAACCCUUAAACCUGUAUUCGUCGUUACGAUGUUCUUCAUAUUUUGCCAAUUCAGUGGAAUGUCUGGAAUGCGACCGUAUCUCGUGCAGAUUUUCCAAGCCUACGGAAUUCCUGUAAAUCCCAACUGGGCAGCAGUUAUUACGGCUCUUCUAAAAUUCUUAGCAAAUAUUCUAUGUGCUGUUGGGGUUAAAAUUGUCGGGAAACGUGUAAUAAGUUUAGUAUCAAUAGCUGGAACUGCCAUUUGUAGUAUUGCACUUGGAUUUUAUGCUAAUAUAGUGCUUCCGUAUGGUUGGAGCUCUUUUGAUAAACAUACAGAAGUUCCAGGAGAUGGAAUAUUCCCUAUGGUGAUGUUCUUUGCACUUUCAUUCAUAACAAGCGUGGGAAUGACUCCAGUUCCAUGGAUGUUGCUCAGUGAAGUUUUUCCAUUCAAGGCUAGGGCCACAUCAGCCGGUAUGGUUGCAGCUCUCUAUUACGUGAUGAUCUUCACUUCAACUAAAACAUAUUUGAAUUUAGAACGGGGGCUCGGCCUCGAUGGAAUUAGUUGGUUAUAUGGUGCAGUAGCUAUAUUGGCAUUCCUGUUCUUCUAUUUUUUCCUGCCAGAGACUGAGAAUUGUUCCCUCGAAGAUAUAGAAAUUCACUUUUCCACCCAGAAACUCACCAAUAUUACCAUCAAGAAGAAGUCCAUCACAGACUCCAACAUUGUUGAGAGAAAACGCGAACAAGCUGUAGAAAAUGGUUUAAAUGGCUGUGACAACAAAGCGUUUAGUGAUAAGUAUUAGAUAGAAAAUAAAUAGAUACUUUAAUAAUAAGGUAUUGUACUUAAAUUUGAUAUUUAUGGCCCCUGUGGCAUGUUGUGCUUUGAAUUAAAUUUAGCAUGAAGACAA